AUGUUUUUUGUUAAUUGGUUCUGGGAUGUGCUGGGGUACUUCGGGCUCUCGCGCAAGUCCGCCCGUAUUGUGUUCUUGGGGUUGGAUAAUGCCGGCAAAACAACUCUCCUUCACAUGCUUAAAGAUGACAGAGUAGCGCAGCAUGUGCCUACUCUACACCCCCACUCUGAGGAGCUCAUAGUGGGGAAGAUUCGUUUUAAGACCUUCGACCUCGGGGGCCACGAAACAGCAAGGAGGAUUUGGCGAGACUAUUUCGCAGCUGUGGACGCAAUUGUUUUCAUGGUGGAUGCAACAGACAGAGGCCGCUUUCAAGAAGCAAAGGAAGAGCUGACGCAUCUUCUGGAGACGCAAGAGCUGGCUUCUGUUCCUUUUGUCGUUCUGGGGAACAAAAUAGACAAACCACAAGCAGCAAGCGAGGACGAGCUGCGGCAGCAACUUGGGCUGUAUGCGCACAUUACCUUCGGCAGAGACGUACGUUAG